UAUCCUUACUACUUUCCCCAUCCUUAUCCUCAGCAUCCUCAUCCUCAUCCUCAUCCUCCUCAUCUUUGUUUGUAUUACUUUGUGUAAUCUGGUAUGUAUUCUACAGAGUAGUAUGAUACCAUAUUCCUCUUUCCCUAAGAGAUUUACAUGUGAGGUCCAUGGCCAUUGUAAAUUAAAAUAAAAACAGACAAUCUCCAAAUUCUUUCUUGUUACGCCCCUCUCAUAGCUGAAGGUUAUUUUCACACAUGUAUGUAAAUAAACAUAGUACUACACAUAUGAAUGACAAAUUGCCAAACGUUGCACACGCCAAAUUUUAACAGACUCUUUCUUGGUGGGGUCACUUACAAACAUACCUCAAUGUGAACYCACCAAAUGAGGUGUAUUGUYCUCUCUGUAGAGACAUGUAGAAGAAUGUGUACGACCAGUUUGUUGCUGUAGCUGCUACUACRAAUCACAAGAGAAAGGGUCCAAUAGCUGUCUCAAUCUCCAAACUCACAGGCUCAAAUAAUUUUGAAUGUGCAUUAUCCUUGAUCUUUCUCGUUUUCUGGUCAGUGCAUCUAGAUCUAGUACUCCUUUCAGUGUUUUCAUGUGUGCACCAUAACCAUUCUUCUUACCUCUCUUUUAUGCACCAAUAAAGUGACUACUAGGUUUUCCCCCUCAGCUCUGCAGCCCUUUAUAGCACCAUGGACAUUGCUGGCUUCUUUUGGACACAAUAUUUGAGCAGUGAGACUUAUUUCUGCCCAACCUUCUUAAUGCUGAUAUGCUUCCCAUCACAAGCUUUUGAAGGGAUUCCUGGGCCCUGAAGUAUUGUUGAUGCCUUUCUAAAUGAUCACACUAAUCAAUGUUACUAAAUUUGUAUCAGAGUACUCCUAGGUGAACCACGCCCAUUAUUUUCGUUUACGAGACAGACAUUGUUAUUCGACGCUAUCAAAAAUCCACCACGUGGCUAUAUUGUAGUUGAGCAUUGCACUGGUAGUCUGAACUGUAGUGGUAUUUAAUGAUAGACUUCUCAACCUCUUUUUUGCCGUGGAAACUACUCAAUAGCUUCAACAAAACAUAAACUAAAAGAUAUUCAUGGCCAAAUUGCUUUCAGAUCAGGUACUGGUCAUUGCAGUAUAAAGCGCAAAAAUAUAUGCCGGGCUUGUAUCAUUACUAAUGAAAAUAUCACCAAGAAAUAGUGAUCCCGGUCGAUUGAUUGUUUGACUUGCCAAUUUUAUUUUUUAAUGACACCAACUUCUGCGGCACGCAAGACGCGGCCGUUGAGUGUAUAUCCUUUUUUCAUUACGGUUCCAACUGUUCCCGGUGUGGCGUUUGGGUCGGCGUACUCCAUCAGGGCCUGGUGUUUCUCCGCAUCGAAUUCUUCCCCGGGUUGUUCGCAGAAGGCCUCGACACCGUUCGACUUGAGGGCCUUGAUAAGCCCAGAUUCCGUCAUUUCGAUGCCCUCUACAAAGGUCUUGAGCGUCGGAUUCUUGGCGACUUCUUCCUCUUCCACGCUCUCGAGGGCUCGGUCCAGGUUGUCRGCGACUUCAAGCAUCGAUUUUGCAAAUGAUUUCACGCUGAAGUUCUUGGCCGCUUCGACGUCCCUGCGAGCAAUGGAUCGAAUGUUUUCUUGUUCGGCCAGACUGCGCAGGAGCUGGUUUUUCAUUUCGGCGAUCUCUUCUUUCAGUUUUUCGAUUUCGGAUGGACCUUCGGUUUCCUCUUCCGUCGGUGCUUCACCGGCUUCUCCUCCCUCGGUCGCCGGCUCUUYCUCUUUCUUUUCUUCCCCCGCGUCCGGGGACGCCUUGCUGCUGGCAUCGCUCAACCAGCGGCGAUAGUGGGACUGGGGCGCGGCAAUGAUCCCCGAGGUAUUACAUCUAUUGGCGCGUUGUCGCGGUUGGGCGAAGAAAGACGUGGUGCUGACCGGCCGGGCUGCGAGGGAAUUUCCGACGACGGAGCGGAGGAUGGCGUUCUUGUAGGUGCCGUUGGCAAGUCGACGCGACGUAAUGGAUUUGAGCAUGGUUCCUUCGUUUUGUUGUGCUCUGGCGAACCGACUGACAAGGUGUGUAACGCAAAGAGUGGUGACUGGCUUUAGUUUCCCUGAUCCUACCAAAAGGAGAUGGUACGAUUCGUUGUGUAUGUAGUGUAUGUAUUGUAUUUGGUUUCUCUUCCGUCCCAUCCCGRUCUACCGCACGGUACGUACUUGUACGUAUCGACGAAGUUCUGUUCGAGAAAAGCAGACUUUUAGUUCACGUACCGGUACAUGCAUGUUUGGGUGGCAGCUAGCCRCGAGCCACGAGCCACGAGAAACGAGAAGCAGAUCGAAACACGAAGAUUGCGUCAUCUGUCGCCUCUUCGCCAAGAAAUCAAUCACGAGUAUCGAGUCACACUUUAUURGUUUUGUCGGCAACCAAUCACCACCACCUGAAAAAUUGGAUCCAUCACAAAAUUCUAUUACAGUAUUUUUUCGUUCCGCCAAACCGAACUUCCAAAAAACUACGAGCGUGCAUGCAUGCAUCACGAGGCAAUCCCAAUCAAUCAUCCACGAAGGCACGCAUCSGUCCCACUCCGCARCAUAGGUACUCGCAUUCGCAGUACAAGACCUCGGCCUCUCUAAAGCGACACGAUCGAAAUCCAGCUACGGCGAUMGAGAAGACGGCUUCGAAAGACAAAAGCGAGCUUAGCAGCAAACAGUUUCAAGAUGGACAGCAGAACAGACAAUGCCACAGACGCUACGAAUACGAAAGAAGAAAAGGCGGCACCGGCGUCGUCGUACUCCGCCGCCAACCCUCCAAGGGGUUUUCAGCCGGGGCCGUUCUCUUUUCACUACCACCUGAACAUCGUCAUCGACAAACUCGGAGAUAUGGGGGAGGGAAGGGGACACCUGGCGGACGAGGCCGACCAAGACACGCGACAACCCAAGCUGGAGGGAGCGCACCCACUAGAAAUUACAAAGGCGGAAGAAAACGCCGCCUCGGUCUCCCUCGACAAGGURCCAAAGGGAUGGGAAUUUCGCGUUCCGCUGGUCAUGGUAGGGGAAUUGGUUCGGGUGCGGAUUUUUAAGAAUUUUAAGAGCGAAACGCCCGGAGACGACGCCGGAUACAGCGAGGCCGACCUCGUCGAAAUCCUCAGGCCCAGCCCGGAAMGGAUCCAACCGAGGUGUCCGCUGGCGGGGUCUUGCGGGGGGUGUCAGUUUCAGCACAUCCGAAUCGAACAGCAACGGGAGUGGAAGACGGAAUUUGUUCGAAGGGGUCUGGAGGCCCAGAGCAUCAGUGGAUACUCGGAUGCUGGCAGCACAAAGAGCAACGAAACCAGCGAAAGCAACGACGGCGACAAGGUGAAGUUCACGUCGAUCCGGGAGCUGCUGUUUCCAACCGCGGGAACCGACGAGAUUUUCGAAUACCGCAACAAACUCACCCCCCACUACCAGGCCCCCGUCAAGAUGGGCGAGGACGAAUACGAACUCAAGGCGAUUGGGUUUCAGCAAGUCAGUUGCCGGGACAUCAUCGACGUGGAGGAAUGCCCCAUCGCUACGCCGGCCAUCAACGCCGUCUACAAGGAAACACGAAAGAGYCUCCACGAGCAAGCCUCAAAGGGCCUCCUCAACAACAAAAAGAGGCGCAAGCGGAACCGGCGGAGCAAGUCCGUCGAUCUGGGGGCGACCCUUUUGUUUCGGGAAGCCGAUCCCGACCCGGUCACCGGCAAGCCCGUGGUGGUGACGGAAUUCAAGGAAUACAUGACCACCACGGUCAAGGGAAUCAAGUUCCGGUACAUGGCCGGCAACUUUUUUCAGAACAACAACUACGUGGUGCCGCUCAUGGUCGAUGCCGUCGUCGACGCCGCCCUCGCUCCCGUGGGCGGACCGGGCGGCAAGGUUCCGUCCUACCUCCUCGAUUGCUACUGCGGAUCGGGGCUGUUUGCCCUGACCGCCAGCAAAAAAUUUAGGCUCUGCGUCGGCAUCGAGGUCAACGACAGCGCGAUCGAGGAGGCCACCCUCAACGCCGAAUCGAACUCCAUCACCAACUGCCAGUUCGUAGCUGCCAGCGCCGAGGCCUUGUUCACCAGCCCCCCGGCCCUGACCAUAGAGGGGUUCGAGAACCAAAAGAUCCAGGAUUUCCCCCGGGACGAAACCGUUGUGGUGCUGGACCCGCCCCGAAAGGGGUGUUCGGGAAAGUUUCUGGAACAGCUCUACGACUAUAGCCCACAGCGGAUCGUGUACAUGAGCUGCGGCCCCAGAACGCAGGCGCGAGACGCCAAGGGCAUCGUCGAGGUUGGAGGAUACGACAUUGUUUCGAUCCAGCCCUUUGAUUUGUUUCCCCAAACCAAGCACGUCGAAUGCCUCAUGGUCUUUGAAARGAAGAAGCAGUAACAGGGGACUGCCUUGCGAUGCGUCCGUUUGCUACGAUGCCACUCAAAGAGCGAAACAAAUAAUGAUAGAAACAGCCCAAUGGCUGGCCAUGAUACGAAUAAACUAGUACUGGAUCAGAAACAAAGGAAAGCCAUAGUUUGAUACUUUUUUUGAAUCCACCACGUAUUUUUCGAGGCUCGGCGGCGGUGGGGCAGUACUGUUGUAACCGGAUCUCUGCUGGUUCUUGCUGGGUUUGAAGGUCCCGAGCCAUGACGCCGGAGCAAAACCCCGUUCCGAAGUCUUAUCUUAAGCGAAAGUCUGCGCAAACGGACUACAGUUUUGGCAUUGGUCGGACAGCCGCGUUUGCUGCGUCAUGGCGGUCUGUAUCUGCCGCCACUCGGACCCUGACAUCCCCGAAAGAGAGCACACAGAUAAAUUCGAUCCGAUCCG